UCGUUGCACAGACGGGGAUGUCAACACCGCAAGAUGGUCCGCAUAGCGAGCGUCCUGGGUUUGAUGAUGUUCAGUGUCGCUCUGCUCAUACUCUCAUUGAUCAGCUACGUGUCAAUAAAAAAAGAUUUUCUCUUCAUGACACCCAAAUAUGCAAAUUCAGGUGGGCCUCGGAUGUAUAUGUUCCAUGCGGGAUUUCGGUCUCAGCUGGCCAUGAAGUACCUGGACCCGGCCUUCACCCCUCUGACCAAGGCCCUGAACGAGGGCCUGCAGGAAAACGCCUCCAAAUGGCGCUAUAACAGAACAGCAUUCACAGAACAGAGAAAAGAGAUCUCUCAACACAUCGACAUCGCCCACAACUUCACCCUGACCCGGAGCAGCGUGCGCGUGGGUCAGCUGAUGCACUAUGACUACUCUAGCCACAAGUACGUCUUCUCUAUCGGAGAGAACUUCAAGUCCCUGCUUCCCGAGGCCUCCCCCAUCGUCAACAAGCACUACAAUGUGUGUGCCGUGGUGGGGAACAGCGGCAUUCUCACAGGGAGUCGCUGCGGUCCCGAGAUCGAGAAGUUCGACUUCGUCUUCCGCUGCAACUUCGCUCCCACCGAGAUCUUCCGUCGGGAUGUGGGGCGGAGGACGAACCUCACGACCUUUAACCCCAGCAUUCUGGAGAAGUACUAUAACAACCUGCUGACCAUCCAAGACAGGAACAACUUCUUCCUGAGUCUGAAGAAGCUGGACAGGGCCAUACUCUGGAUCCCUGCCUUCUUCUUCCAUACCUCGGCCACGGUGACCAGGACACUGGUCGACUUCUUCGUGGAGCACAGAGGACAGCUGAAGGUUCAGCUGGCGUGGCCGGGCAACAUCAUGCAGUACGUCAACAGAUACUGGAAGACCAAGCAGCUGUCACCGAAGCGUCUGAGCACAGGGAUCCUUAUGUACACUCUGGCCUCGUCCAUGUGUGAGGAGAUCCACCUGUACGGCUUCUGGCCCUUUGGCUGGGACCCCAACACGGGCAAGGAGCUGCCCUAUCACUAUUACGACAAGAAGGGUACCAAGUUCACCACCAAGUGGCAGGAGUCCCACCAGCUGCCAGCAGAGUUCAAACUGCUCUAUAGGAUGCACACAGAGGGACUUAUCAAACUAACGCUCUCACAUUGUGCCUAGACUUGACUGGA